GAACUGAUUCAGUUAGCAUUUGGUCGUCUUGUGAGCAAAAAGUGUGAAAAACCCUUUCUAGCUUUCCGUCAUGAACGAGAUAUACCUAUUGAUUUUGGUCCUAUCGAUAGGGACCAUGGCUGGUAAUGCCCAGGACCCAGAUCACGAUGUGGUUGUUAGGUCCCUUCAGAGUUUGGAAAAUAUAAUAUCGAAGUACAUAAAAGAGAUUGAUUCGAAAGUUAGACUGACCGACUUGAAGGAGGCUAUCGAGGCCAUUGACAAUUCCAUGUUCGGCUACCAAGGCAGGGCCAGGAACCGUCUGGAUUCAGUCCGCAGCCUCUCCAGUAGCGCCGGUCUCACCUUCCAGGCAUGCGUGGAUCCGGUAUUCGAGUGGUGUGUGGCUGUCAACAGUACCUUUAACCUUUUCCUGUCCAACAUCGAUAAUUCCGAUUUGCCGCCGUCUGACAAGGAGAUGCUUUGGACCAUGACGGCGACUAGCAUUAGGGAUGGCAUAAAGAAGGCCAUCAGCUCGAUGAAUGCCCUCCAUCAGCUGGAGGGGAAGACCAAUCAGAUGAAGAUCGAACUGGACAGAAUGAUGAACGAUCUUCGUUCCGAUUUCGGUCCAUCUGGUGUGUAUACCAGACAAGUGGAAGAACGCCGGAUGGAUAUUGAGGAUAUUAAGAUGGGCAUAGGAUCCCGCAGACCAAUGGAUGAAGGUGUGGGGGAGGUUAUCAGUCGACUGUAUCAGGCCAUCCUUGCCUUCUUGAGGAGUCUGUCCGUGGGGGAUUUCGUAGAGGCCUUUUCCCGCCACGAUUACUGCGCUCUAAUCGAUAACCGUCGUAUAGCCUCGAAGGAGGAGGAAAUCGAGAUGAUCUACAAGUUCUUCGAGGUCCUCAACCAAAAAAUCACACAUGCCAGCUCCAUUGCCGGGAAAGUCGAUACUGGUUUGGCGGCCGACAAACCAAAUCUCGAAGCAGUCACAUCACCCAAUAAGGACAUGGUGACUUUGUUAAAUAAUCCCAAAGUGCGCGAGGGUCUUCCACAAAUCUUUCAAAAGUUGGGAAACCUCUGCUUCGAGUACACUGUCCUGCGAGCAACUCCACGAGCUCCUCCGAAAAGAACGCCUUUGCCACAGGAAACUGAAAGAGAUUUCCACAGAAAAGAGUUGCCCCAGGGACUUGGCAAAUCAAGGACUCAAUCAAGGACUCAAUAUAACUAUUCGCCCUAUAAUCCUUCAUAUUACACAUACUAGUUCUUUUUUAAAUAUUUUACAAUAUUUUUCGCAAAAUAAAAAACAAGGUGGAUU